AUGACGGAGUCCCAAACCUAUUCCACGCCAGAAGGCACACCUUAUAUCCCCAUCCAAACCAAAUCAGCAGAGCAAAUAUACCUCACCUCGCUCUUCAAAUCCGACGCCCAAAACAUGACCAACCUAAUGAGUACCGAGUCUGUAGCCCUCGCCCUCAUCAGUCCCCCAUGGCCUUACACCAUAGCCAACGCCGAAUGGUGGAUCAACAACAGCCUAUCUGGAAAAGGAGACUUACCUAUCUGCGCUAUACGCGCUGGCAACCCAGGACCAGAGGGAAAGUAUAUCGGUGGCCUCGGUGUCAUUCCCCAGGACCCAACGGGCUUCUACCAUCUCCCCGGUCGCAAACCUGAAGGCUGGGAAGGGGAGCCGGGAAGUCGUAACGUCGAGAUUGGAUAUAGUCUGCUUCCUGAGUAUCAGGGUCGAGGCAUCAUGCGUCCGGCUGUUAGGGCUGCGGUCGCCUGGGCGAGGAGGGAGUGUGGCGUCCAAGAUGCGAUUAUUGUGGUUGCGGAGGGGAAUGAGAAGAGUAGGGCGGUGGUGGAGGGGAUGGAGGAGUUUGUCAAGAUGGAGGGGUCGAAGUGGGAGACUUGGCCGGAGAGUAAGGGGGGGAUGAGGAGGGAGUGUUGGAGUUGGGUUUGGAAAGCUUGA